GAUUGACCAAUGACAUUUGUCAACGUCAGUUGUCAAUUGUCAGAUUUAAUUGCAACCUUGUAGAGUGUGCUGCGUUUGGUGCCCAAAAUAUUUUUGUUUUUAUUUAUUAAAUUUUCUUUAGAAUCAUGCGUAACAUGUAAAAAUUAUAACACAAAGAUUUUUUUAUACAACAAUAUAAAAUGAAACAGUGAGUGACAUCGGAAAUUGUCAUGUUUUCGGAGAACUACUUCCCAUAGUCCGUGGUAUUAGUCAUGUCAGAUUGCGCGCUGGUGACCAGUGUAAACGACCACGAUGCCAGUAUGGAUGUGGGGAAUGAUAAGUCUCUCUUUGAGCCUACUGUUGAGAUGAUGGUAAAUGAUUUUGAUGACGAAAGGACCUUAGACGAAGAAGAGGCCUUGGCUGCUGGUGAGCACCAGGACCCUAAAGCGGAACUUAACAAUUUGCAAAAAGAAGGGGAUAUGCCCCUAGAAGAAUUACUAGCACUGUACGGAUACAAUAGAAACAUGGACAAACCUGUUCCAGAACAUCCACCAGAAGCAGUUCCAGAAGAGACUGAAAAAUCUGAGUCUGCUUUACAGCAGCUUUAUACAGAAACAAAUAAUCCAGAAGCAACUAGGUGUUUGCGAUCUGGCUCUAGGCCCCCAUCUGAAGAGGAGGAUGAUUAUGAUUACAGUCCAGAUGAAGAUGAUUGGAAAAAAACUAUAAUGGUUGGUAGUGACUACCAAGCUGGUAUACCAGAAGGAUUAUGUAGCUAUGACGAUGCUUUACCAUAUGAAAAUGAGGAUAAAUUAUUAUGGAACCCUAAUAUAUUAGAUGAGAAAGUUAUUGAGGACUAUAUGAAAAAAAUAUGUACAUUGAAUUCAACUACUGGUAUUGAUGCUGUACCUUGUGGUAAGCAGUUACGUGAUGAUGAAGAAGCUUUAUUUCUCCUGCAACAGUGUGGGCACAAUGUAGAUGAAGCUUUAAGGAGACGACGCAUAUCCUCUCAGACUCCAGCUCAUGCAAAUGUUUGGUCAGAAGAAGAAUGUCGAAACUUUGAAAGUGGUAUUAAAAUACAUGGCAAGGAUUUUCAUUCAAUAAGACAGCAGAAGGUUAAGACACGAUCCGUGGGGGAACUAGUACAAUUUUAUUAUAUCUGGAAGAAGACAGAAAGACAUGACAUCUUUGCAAAUAAAACCAGAUUGGAAAAGAAAAAAUAUAAUUUGCAUCCAGGGCACACAGAUUAUAUGGAUAGGUUUUUGGAAGAACAAGAGGCAACAGGAAGUGUGGUUCGUCCUGUGUCACCCUCCAUGAUGGUAUAUGUGCCUUCUCCUGCUACACAACCAGAUCCAUUAGCACUGGGAGAAAAAGAAGUAUUCUCUCAAUUAGCGCAUACAUCACCUCCACGAACCUUAUCAACAGAGGAACCAGAAAUUGAAAAUGUUUCCUAAUACAUAAUUGGUUGUCAUUUUUUUGUAGAAUGCUGAUGCCUUCUACAAAAGAAUGUACUAAAAUAUACAUUUAGGUAUU